UGACUCAUAGUGGAUUAGUGUUCCAAGAAUUUACAGAGAAGAUCUCGAGGCAUCAUCUUCCCAAUUUGCAUGACUGCUGCAUGGAUGGACAUUUUCUUUACGCUAUCAAGCACAUGUCCUCGAAUGUUCCGUUCACUUACCUCGAUGGUCAAUGGAGAGACUCAAGUUUUGGCUGUUAUUCUUGAUUUGGACGGAACCCUUUUGGACACAGAGAGCGCUACAAGGGGAAUUUUGCAGGAGUUCUUGGCCAAAUAUGGGAUACAAGUGGAUAAAGAAAGGGAGGCGAAUAAGAGGAUAGGGAUGACCCUGAAGGAUUCAGCUGCUUCAAUUGUGAAGGAUUAUGACCUCCAAUUGACACCUGAUCAGUUCAUCAAUGAAAUCAUGCCUAUUUAUCACGAAAAGUGGAAACAAGUCGGGCCACUACCUGGUGCUAACCGACUGAUCAGACAUCUUUACGAACAAGGAGUGCCAUUUGCUCUUGCUUCAAACUCCUUACAGGAAUACAUAGAUGCAAAAAUCUCUGUCCAAGAAGGUUGGAAGGAAUGCUUUUCAGUAAUUGUUGGAAGUGACCAAGUCAAAUCUGGGAAGCCUUCACCAGAUAUAUUCAUAGAGGCCGCAAAGAGGUUGGGUAUAGAUGCAGUUCACUGUCUGGUGAUUGAAGACUCUAUGGUUGGUGUCAAGGCCGCAAAAUCUGCCAAAAUGAAAGUAGUGGCUAUUCCAUCACAAAAGGAAGCCGACUGUUCUACUUUGGCCGAUUCUGUGCUUAAUUCACUUCUAGAAUUUCAGCCUGAGCUGUGGGAUCUUCCAGAAUUUGAUGACUGGAUAGAGAAUGCAUUGCCAAUUGAACCAAUCUAUAUGAACACUCUAUACAGAAAUGACUCUGUCCAUGAACUCACAGAGGAUGCAGCAUCUUCUCUUCCAGACCAAGUUUCAGGAGUGUAUUUUGGUUGGGCAGUAGCAAGCGCAUUGGAGACCUUCAAGGUUGUGGUUGGCAUUGGAUGGCAUCUACGCUCUUAUACUGCCACGAGGAAAAUCCAAAUAUGCAUAAUUGAUGGAGACUGUAACCACGCAUCUGAUCUGGAAAUGGAACUAACGCUUGUUGGCUUUAUUCGGGGAUUGAAUUCCACGGAAAUUACAUCUGUGGCUGUGGAAAUACGUGAAGAAGAUAAGUCCAUUGCAAGUGCUUCAUUGGACUUGCCUAUGUUUAUUCACCAUUCUUGCAUGGCUAGCCGCCUCUGAUGCAGGAUUUGCAAUGCUGCUAUUAUGAUAGUUCAAUACUUGAACUGAUUAGAUUAAGACGGAUCAUUUCUUUUUGUGAACAAUAGAUAUAUGCAGUAUGUCUUUUAUAUACUAUCUAGCUCCCUUGCGUUACAAGAAUCUGUAUAUUUUUGUGUGAACAAUCUCAAUGCCUAUUCAUGGAUGAAGGAGAGUGACUUGACUGUUCUUCAGCAA